AUGAGUACGUUGGAUGCAACAAGAGCUGAACUUGGUCUUCUUGUUUUAUAUUUGGGCAAGGCUGAAACAAGGGACAAAAUAUGCAGGGCCAUUCAAUAUGGUUCCAAAUUUUUGAGUAAUGGGGAACCUGGUACUGCUCAGAACGUAGACAAAACAACGAGCUUGGCACGAAAAGUCUUCCGUCUUUUUAAGUUUGUCAAUGACCUACAUGCUCUGAUAAGUCCAACACCACAGGGCACUCCCCUGUCCCUAAUUCUGUUGGGAAAGUCUAAGAACGCACUUCUCUCCACUUUCUUGUUUCUUGAUCAAUUUGUGUGGCUUGGCAGAUCAGGAAUCUACAAGAAUAAAGAACGCACGGAAUUAAUUGGCCGGAUAUCUCUUUACUGUUGGCUGGGUUCCUCGGUGUGCGCCACCUUGGUUGAGCUAGGGGAGAUUGGAAGACUCUCUGCAUCAAUGAAGAAGUUAGAGAAAGAACUGAAGAACAAGAAUAAAUAUGAUGAUGAGCAAUACCGUGGCAAACUAAACAAGUCUAAUGAGAGGACUCUAUCACUUAUCAAAGCAGGAAUUGAUAUAGUGGUAGCAGUUGGACUGCUUCAACUGGCACCCAAGACAGUUACUCCACGUGUGACUGGGGCAUUCGGAUUUGUUUCAUCUCUAAUAUCUUGCUAUCAGUUGCUUCCUGCUCCAGCCAAAUCCAAAACUUCGUGA